AUGUCAGAGAUUUAUUAUUCAUCUGAAUCUUGACCUAUACAGUUUAGACCUUAAAAUAAAUUUAAUUUUCCAAAAGUAAACCAGAGAAGGUAAAAUCCCAAAAACUAAAAAGAGAGAUCAUCAUGCCCCAAUACCAUACGCGCACAUUCAACUCGGAGGAGGAGCAGACCCUGGCUCAGUGGCUCAAGGAGCAGCGCAUUGAACUAAAUUUGCGCACAAGGCGUUUCUUCUCCGAUGUGCUGCCAGUGGCCAAGAUCGUUAAGCUAUCCUAUCCCCGAAUGGUCGACCUGCACAACUAUGCGCCCAAGAGCAGUAUUCAGUUGAAGCUCAAGAACUGGGAGAUUUUCGAAAGCAAGGUUCUUAAGAAGCUGAAUAUCUUCGUCCCGCAUGCCCUUCUCGAGAAGCUGGCCCAGGCCGAGGCCGGAGCCAUCGAGACUCUAUUCUACGAACUGAUCCCUGUGACCAAGGGUCGCCGCGGUCCCAUGCCCAGUCCCAUGCUUCACAAUGAUUCUGGAUAUAUGAGAUCUGGCAGGAACAAACCGCGGCUCUGCCGGAGCCGCACCGUCAUUCGAUCCCAGAUUAGUUGUCCCUUGCCAAUUGGAGAUGAUCUGCCCGCCGAAGUUCUUAAGCUGGAUGUGGAUACUAUGGUAGAUGGUAAAAUGGAGAAGGUGGCCAAGAAACUGGUGGCCUAUGAGGACUACAAGGAAACUGUUCGGGCCAGCAUCGAGAAGGAUAACUACAUUAAAAUGAUUCAUCAGAAGGUCGACUAUCUGCAAAGCUUGAUUGCCGUGAAGGAUGAGCGCAUAUCGGACCUUAUGGAACAGCUGGCCAAAUUGUCGGAUCAGUACAAAUACCCAUCUAACAUUUUAAGGACGACAAUGCCUAGCCGUGGAGAAGAAGGUUACGUCCCCGUUCAUUUCAACAGGAUCUGGCGACAGAUCGCAGCCUAAAAUGUUUAGUCCCAAGGCAGGAUCUGCGCCGGGCUCACGUUCUUCGAUUCUUCAUACCCCAACAUAUUUCCACCUGACGACCACUUGUUAUUGGAUAUCUCUAAAAUGUAUAUUUUGUGUGUUCCUUUUGGCCUUAUCCGACAAAUACAAGAAAAGCUGACUUUUCUUUAUCGCAAAUGA